AGUUAAAUACUGGUGCUCUCUCACUCACCACAUACAGGCGGAAAUCUAUUCAAAUUAAUAAGAGUUGUUUUUUCAAAAGUUCACUGCGAGGAUUUAUCAUUCUAAAUUUAUAUAUUUGAAUAAAUACUCAUUAUCUUGAACGUUUAUAAACAGAAGAAUGGAUAGUUGACAUGUGUAGUUGAUUAUUUUCACUUCAAAUCUGUACUUGGAUUAGUUACUGGCUAUAAAUUAGUGAUUUACACAGUUAUUACACUGUUACUGACUUCAUUCUCAAAUAAAUUUAGAUACCUAGGAGUAAUUUUCAUCGAGAAUGAGUGAAUUGAACUCAGGCAGGAAGCUGAUCAAUUCAGCCAACUCGUGUGUGGAGGAUGCAUUCAUUGGCAUAAAGGCAGCGUAUCCUCGACUCAGUGUUAAUCCGGAGUUGAAGAUAGCAAUGAGAUGUCCUGAGUUUGAAGAAGACAGUAAAUUUGUGGGAAUCGUAUCAGGCGGAGGAUCCGGACAUGAGCCGUUUUCAGCAGGAUUCAUUGGAAGAGGCAUGCUGAAUGGUAUAGUGGCUGGUAGUGUAUUCACUUCUCCACCAGCAUCGACUUGUCUUACGGCCAUUCAUAAUGUGGCCGAACAUUUCAAAGGAGGUGUGUUAGUGCUGAUACCGAAUUACACUGGUGACGUAUUAAACUUCGGCCAGGCAGUGGAAAUGGCCAAGGACAUGGGCCACAAUGUUGAAAGUGUAAUAGUUGGAGAGGAUUGUGCAUUGCUGGAAAAAGGCGUUGACAACACUGUUACAGGGAGAAGGGGGCUUUGUGGGCAACUGUUUUGUUUCAAGAUUGCAGGAGCCCUUGCUGAUAGUGGCAGCAAAUUGGUCGACAUCGCAAAGGAAUGCCAUGAAGUAGUGUGUAACAUGGCCACUUUCGGCCUGUGUUCCGCUCCAUGCACCCUGCCUGGCUCCUCGACUCCUCUCUUCAAAUUAUCAGCUGAUCAAAUCGAACUUGGAGUGGGCAUCCAUGGGGAGGCUGGGGUUGAGAAGCUUCCUUUUUGCAGUGCCAAUGAGGCUGCUAGGAUCCUAUUGGACAAGAUAAUCGAGUCAAUACCGUUGAAGAAAGGAGAUAAAGUCUGUGCAAUUGUGAAUAAUCUUGGAUCCACCACUACACUGGAAUGUCACAUACUUGCUGGAGAGCUGAACAAACAAUUAGAAAAUAGAGAUAUACAAGUUGAAAGAAUGUACGUUGGAACAUUGGUGACAUCACUGGAUAUGGCUGGAGUACAGUUCAGUCUGCUGAAAACAACAGACAAGCCGCAUUGGGUGAGUCUGCUUGAUAGUGAGACGGAGGCUGCAGCCUGGCCUGGUUGUCGCCUAUCUUUUGGGGAGAGCGCUGUCCACGUUCAAGACCCUAAUCUUUUGGCAAUCGAGUUGACAGGGCCGACAUUUGGAGAGCAGGAUGCAGAACUGUUGAAGCAGUGUUUGAAAGCAGUUUGCCGAGAACUGAUCGAAGCAGAGGAAAGGCUGAAUCAGCUGGACAGCGGCUGUGGCGACGGAGAUUGUGGAACUACUUUCCGGCAACUUGCUGAUGCGAUCCUGAAAAAUGUGGAUAACCUGGCGCUACGGAGACCAGUCACCUGUUUUGUAGAGUUGGCCAACAUUGCGUCACAGACCAUGGGGGGCACUUCUGGUGCUAUCUACAGCCUCCUACUGAGGGGGGCCUCUAGGCACCUCCUCGAUUGGGACAAAGCCUGGACCGAAGCAGUCAGUACGGUCACCAAGUAUUCAACAGCAAAGAUUGGCUAUAGAACUAUGUUGGACGCGUUGAUACCAGCAUUGAAUGAGUUCAAGAAGAGGUCUGAAUCCGACGGAUGGCUGACGGCUCUCAAGUUUGCCGUAGAAAAAGCACAAGUCGGCUGUGAUUCCACAAAGAAUAUGGUCGCUAGGUGUGGCCGUGCAAGUUAUGUUGAUAGAUCAUACUUGAAAGAUGUAGAUGCUGGAGCUUAUGCAGUAACGGUUUGCUUGCGUGCCAUCUAUAUUGAACUUCAGAAAAAUAUUGUCAUUUGAUAAAUGUGCAUUGUUCUCUAUCUAUGAAUCUUUUUGAUACUAUAUUAUUAUGAAUAACUAUAUUUUUAAAUUUUAUGUACUUGUUAAGAGGUGAAAAAAUGCAAUAAAUAUCUCAUGUCAAUAAAAUAUUAUAUUGUUAUAAAAA